CCGCCCGCCCGGACAUGGAGGACGCGGAGGCGCGCUUCACCCACCUGCUGCAGCCCAUCCGCGACCUCACCAAGAACUGGGAGGUGGACGUGGCGGCGCAUCUGGGCGAGUACCUGGAGGAGCUGGACCAGAUCUGCAUUUCCUUUGACGAAGGCAAGACCACAAUGAACUUCAUUGAGGCCGCGCUCCUGAUCCAGGGCUCUGCCUGUGUUUACAGCAAGAAGGUGGAGUACUUGUACUCACUGGUCUACCAGGCUCUUGACUUCAUCUCCGGGAAGAGGUCGUCCAAGCAGCUCCCCUCAGAGCAGGGUCAAGCAACCAGUUGCGACCUCUCCUCAGGAGCCUCCCAGGUGCAGGAUGAGUUCCUGUCACUGGACAAACUGCCCUACUCCCAGACCAACUCGUACCCGCGGGCCAGCCAGGAGCCCAGCGAGGUGCUCAUCAUUCCACUCCUGCCCAUGAGCCUGGUAGCCCCUGAUGAGCUGGAGAAGAAACAGCACCCACUGUACAGCUGUAAGGGGGAGAUCCUGGCCAGCCGGAAGGACUACCGGAUGAACACCAGCACCCCACACCUGCAAGGCACCUUUAUGCUGGAGCCCCAGGGCCUGUUGCCCAUGGAAACCCCGAGAGAGACACAGGGUGAGACGCGGCAGGAACCAGGGACAUCCCAGCUGCCCCUUCAGUCCCUUCCUGCUCCCGAGGAGCUGCCCAUGGACGUCUCUGUGUGUGCGAGUCCUGACCCCGGCCCUGCGCCCAGCUGCCCCCAGGACCCAGGUCCCUCCCUGGAUGUUCAGAUGCCUGGAGAGGGGGGUGAGGAUGAUGAUGUGGGCUGGGGGGAAGAGGCCCCAUCCUCCGUGCCUCUCCCGGAAACACAGGAGCCCGGGAACCCGCAGCAGAUGGGGCAGGACAUGCAGCCCCGGAAGUACCUGCUGCGCGAAAGGAACAGGGCACUGGAGCCUGCGUCUCAGCUGAAGAUUCCAGACCCCUGGCAGAGCCUGGAUCCCUUUGAUUCCACGGACUCAAAGCCCUUCAAGAAAGGCCGGCCCUUCUCUGUGCCCCCCUAUUUGGAAGAGGUUCCAGGGCAGAAGCGGAAGAAAAAAGGUGCCCCCAAGCUGCAGAAUUUCCACCAGUGGUACCUGGCAGUCUAUGCCAACAAUGCCGACAACAAGAAGUCCCAGAGGAAGGGCCUGUCCUUUGUAGACAUGGAGGUGCUGUACUGGAAGCAUGUAAAGGAGCAGCUGGAUACCCUCCGCAGGGUGAAGAGGCAGCAGGCGGCUUCACCGUGGCUGCCAGGGGCAGAGGACGAGGGGCUGGAGCCAGUAGAGGAGGACCGGGGAGAAGACCCCCCAGAGGACCUGGGGGAUGCCGACUUCUUAGAGGCUGAGGAAUGUGCAGAGUUUGAGGGGACAAAUCCUGAGGAUGCUGAAGGCUUGGAAGCAGACGCCAUGCCUACACAGCUGAGUUAUGAGGAGCUGGUGCGCAAGAACGUGGAAGUGUACAUAACGUCUUCCCAGAAGUUCGUCCAGGAGACGGAGCUGAGCCAGCGCAUCCGUGACUGGGAGGACAUGGUUCAGCCCAGGCUCCAGGAGCAGGAGCAGCAUGUGGUCUUUGACAUCCACAAUUACGAGGACCAGGUGAUCUCCAGCUUCAGCCAGCUGGAGCAGUGGUGCCCCUUUGCCAAGCUGGUGGAGGGCCAGCCGGCCUUCGAGGUGUGCCGCUCCAUGCUAGCCUCCCUGCAGCUGGCCAACGACUACACGGUGGAGAUCAGACAGCAGCCAGGGCUGGAGGCAGCUGUGGAUACCAUGUCCCUGCGGCUGCUCACACAGCAGAGGGCCUACCAGCGUUUCCAGACCUACACGGCCCCCUCCAUGGCCCAGCCCUAGGCCUGGCGCCGCCCCCUGCCCCUAAUAAAACGUUGCCACCCA